CGUUGGAUCGGAGGCCGGCGUCACUCAACCGAGGCGUCAAGGCAGGGGAAGCGCUCGACGGGGUCGGCACUGGGCUGCGGGGAUGCGAAUUGGGGAUGUGCAGAGCCAAGUGCCUUGGCCGAUGUGAGCCCCCAGCAUCAUCGGCGCCGGCGCUUGUCAUGUCUCUUCUUCUGAAGAGGAGAAUGUGGAGAGAACCGUCGGCCCAUCUCCAAAUUUGUCUUUUUAGUUUUUUGAAAACCCCUCUCUUCCUCACCACGACUCAGGGCGAAGGAGGACAGGCACAUCGUGUUCGCUUGAGAAGCCAUGCCAUCGCCAGCUGCCCUCGUCUCUGGUUACGACUCGGACUCGGACCACAGCGAGAAUGAUGCUGGGCCUUCGUCGUCGAGCAUCGCUGCGCCGCGCUCCUCGGGGCCAGCCACGUCUUCGUCGGGCACUUUUGGUCUCAAGCUGCCCCCUCCAUCCAACACCAACACAGCCAGGCCUGCUGCGAAACGAAAGGCGGACCAGAGAUUGCAGAUCAAGAUUGAUGCAUUGGACGAGGAAAAAGGAAGGGAAGCAACGCCGCAAGUGAAACGGCCGACCAUGGACAAGGCCUCGUCGUCGAGCUCCCACGGCCUCUUUGGCCUGCUGCCCGCGCCGUCGCAAAAGCCCGCGAAACCAGACGUGAAGGCCAAAGCGGCGGCUGAAUCAGCAGCCGCAGACAUCGCUGACGGAGUGGGUGCGCAAGAAGAUGAGCAACCAAAUAAGAAAGCAAAGGGCAACAACGACUUCAGAGCGAUGCUCGGUCUCGCCCCUAGUGCUGCGACCAAAGCAAAAAGACCAUCACCAGCACCUUCACCAUCACCAACUUCGAGCAAGGACAAGCUCCCAGCGCCUUCGUUGAAGUCAUCACAAGGGAAGGGGACCGCCAGCGAGUCUGCUCAGGAAGCUGUCAGGGACCGGCAAGGGUCGGGCGAGACCACAGACUUCUUUUCCUUUGGUAUGUAUCUGACCAAAUCGCGCAUGGUCGAGUCCGGCUGUUGAUCGCUUCAAACCUCACUAAUUUCCAGCCAAAGAGCCAGGGGCAAGUCGGAAGAAGGCUUCUACGUCAAGCUUUACCGUCUCGGCCGCUCCUCAGCUGCAAGAAAAGAUAGCUGAGCCCGUGGAAACCGAUGAGGGAGACGAGGAUCGCUACAGAGGAUGGCAGCAAG